AUGGCUGUGAAGGUUUCUCAUUGGCACAGCUAUCAGUGAGUGAUAUUGUCCCGUGAAGGUCAGAGAAUGGAGCAUUUCCAGAAGGCAGAGAACAUCCUGCUGACUGUGCUAGAGAAAAUCACUGCCAUGGACCCCAGAUUUAUAGCUGAUUACUCAAGAAACCUGGAAGCUUUUGAAUUUGCCGUCUGCACCUCAGAGGAUGCAGUAACUGUGGGGGUUCCCCUGUGGAUUGUGGCUGAUGCCCUCCUGCUGCAGGAGUGCUCCAGUAAACAGGGGCAGUCAGAGACAGUCACCAAUGGGAACCAUCAGAUGUCAGGCUGCUGCCACCUAGGAGUGCCCAAAGAAGGAACUGGCUGGGAGAAUUGGACCAGAGAGGAUGUGUUCAGUGUGAUGGGCAGCGCUGAGUGCAGGGUGCACGUAGUGCCAGGCAAGAUCCUCAGGCUAAUUGUCGCUGCCAUUGUCCACUGCAGUCAGCCUAAAGGAAGAAGGUCAGCAGCUGUCCUGCUGGUGUCCAGUGGCUGGAAAAUGAUCAGGUUCAACAUUAUCCCUGUGGUGCAGAGAAAGCAGGGUGCUCUGAAACUCCACAGCAGAUGCAGAGAAGGAGGUUUUCCAGAAGGCAACCUGCAAAAAGUAACACAGUGGGCUGACUUCAUCCCCAGCAGCUACAAUCACUGGAGGUACUCCACCAAUCACCCUGUCAUGAAACUACUCCAUAUUAUGGGCAUGCUGAAGGGCCACCAUUUGGACAGCCUUCACCUACUGGACCAGGUCAACAGUGAGCACUGGAAAGAAGAGGAUAGGAAAGAAGGGCUCACAUUUAAUCACUUGAAGAUGGUGUUGCUGUGGGCCACUGAGCUUCCUUCCCCUGAGGAUUGGGAGGACCUGGAAAGGUCAGUCUAUCAGCUCCUGGUGAUCCUGCUUUGUUGUUUAGCAACCAAAAAUCUCCCCCACUUCCUGUAUCCAGAAGAAAAUCUUUUCCAAGGUGUGGCAUUGUGA